GCAUGCGCCGCUCGGUCCGCUUCCACAUUCCCGCCUCUCCAGCUCGAGAGCUCGAGACGAGCGAAUCGCGGAACAUGACGCACGCUAAGUCAAGUUUCCGCGAGUGUACCCGCCUACAGUCGCUCUCGUCGUUCGAUCUCCGAGCGUUGUUUCAGCUCCGUGACUCGGUCGUUUGUUAGUUAGUCCCGCAAAAGUUUAUAAUCGAUCAUUCUCCAGAAUGCUGAUCAAAGUCAAGACUCUCACGGGAAAGGAGAUCGAAAUCGAUAUUGAGCCUACUGACAAAGUCGAGAGAAUCAAAGAGCGAGUCGAGGAGAAGGAAGGCAUUCCACCGCAACAGCAGAGGUUGAUUUUCUCAGGAAAACAGAUGAACGAUGAGAAAACUGCCCAAGAUUACAAAGUUCAAGGUGGUUCAGUUUUGCAUUUAGUACUUGCUCUUCGAGGAGGAUUGUGAGACAUACCUAUUACAUUCAAAGAAGCCUGUUCAAGAAAAAGUGGCAAACUACAUAAUGAAGCUCACAGAAUUAAUUUGUUUUUAAAGUUUAGGCUUUGUAAAUAUAAAACGUUUAUGACUAAGUAUAAAAGAAUAAUUUAAACAGUCACUUUACUACUAUGUUUUAUAACUAAUAAAAGGGAAUAAGUUAUAAAUAAAUCAUUAAAUCAUUUA